UUCACAGCUUCCAUCUUUUCUUUCCCAACUUCCAAAACAAAAAGAAACCUGUAAUCUUCUAACCGCGAUAUAUACAUACAUACCCAUUUACCCCCCUUAUUAUUCCUUAGAAGAAGUUUUUUUUUACUUUAUUUCAUUCACCUCAUGCUUUACUCACUGAUGAAAUCAUGAAUGACACGGGCCAAGAACGGUAUGUGAUUCAAAAUGUGGGUGAUGAUGGAUAUGAUGAUUUAAGUCGACUGCCAGAUUGUAUUCUUCAUUAUAUUCUAUCAUUUAUUCCAACAAAAGACGUUUUGAAAACUGCCAUACUUUCAAAACGAUGGAACAACAUUUGGGCUUCCGUUUCAAAUCUGGAUUUUGACGAUUCAUUGUUGUAUGCUAAUGAAAUUAACGGCUGGAAUCCACCAGAGAAGAGUUACUUCAUAAACUUUGUCGAACGAGUCCUCUUAUUGCGUGAUGCAUCAAAGGUUAACAAGUUUCGUUUAUCAUGUCGUGUUUUCUUUGAUGCAUCACGCUUACAUAUGUGGAUUUCGUCUGCUGUCAUGCACAACAUUCAAGAGCUUGAUCUCUGCCUCUUUGUCAAAGAUCCGUUUGUCCUCCCCAGCUCCAUGUUUUGUAGUCGAACAAUUACCAUCUUAAAAAUAGAAAUGAAUUGCAUCCUCGAGCUCCCGAGUAACAUCUGCUUUCCAAAUUUAAAAACCCUGCAUUUAUCUCUUGUUGCAUUCCCAGAUGAUGAUUCUACCCAAAGGCUUUUUAUGGGAUGUCAAAUUCUUGAGGAGUUGAUAAUACUUGACUGUGAGUGGAUGAAUUUGAAGAACAUCACAAUUUCUAGUUCCACUUUAAAACGUCUAACUAUCAAUGACCUGCCAUACUUUGGCCCACCUGAUGGACCCAGCAGUUGUAAGAUCAAGAUCUAUGCAUCAAGUCUUAUGUAUUUGAAUUAUUUGGGAUAUCCAUCAUAUGAGAUUUUCUUGUGUGAUGUGUCGUCCCUGGUCAAAGCAUACAUUAGUGUUCCAGUUCCACAGGAGAGGAAAAAAAGAGUUGCUUAUCGUGUUGUUAAUCUGCUCAAAGGACUAAGUCAAGUUGCGUCUUUGAGCGUCUCUGAACAUACUAUUGAGUCUCUUGUAUUUGCAGGUAACUUGUUGGUUGAUCUUCCGGUUUUAAAGAACUUGACUCAUUUAGAAUUAAGCAUGGAAAUUGGAGAUCCCACAUUUGGAGCAUUGAUGAAAUUUCUCAACCGCUGUCCAAAUCUACAGUCUCUUUGUUUCGCUAAGGGAUUUGAGCCGGAUGUAUGUCUGUUUGAGAACAAUCUGAUCUGGUCAUCACUACCUAAAUGCUUGUUGUCCUGUCUCAAUAUGCUAACUUUCAAGAAUUUUCAUGGGAAUGAUUCAGAAGUAUGUUUUCUUAAAUGCAUUUUGCAGCAUUCACUUGUUUUCUUGAAGAUGAAUAUAUGCUGUUGUGAGAAUCUCUUAGAAGAUCCGAACAAGCAUAAAGAGGUCAAGAAGGCGUUCCAAAUGAUCGCAAAGGGCUCUAAGUCCUGUAUUGUCUUAUUCUCAUGAUACUUGGAGUAAAAUGGGGCUAUAUUGUUGAAACGUUUUUGUUAGUUGGUCAGCUGGCUCUACUUUUUUGAUGAUGGCAGCAAGUGCACCUAGUAUGUUAUGGUUUCUGUUUUUGGCGUUUCUUUUGACCAGGGUUGUGAUGCAUACGUUGUGUGCUUUGUAAGAUUGUGGUUUGUAAGAUUUUAUACACUUAUAGGCUGCUCCUCUUUUUUGUUUGAUUUAGCCAUACAUAUAGAAGCUAACAUUGACUAUCUGCUGUUUCUCAAGUAUAUGUUGCUUUUGCUUGGCAAAGUCCAUAAGACGUUAAGAGCCUGAACUGAUAAGCCAGUGGCGUUGUAAAACUUACUGUGCCAAUGGUAUCAACCAAUUCUGCC